CUACGAAAACUGUAGUGUGUUAUCGGACGCGGUCGGUGGAGCGAGUCAGGAUAUUGGGGCCGUGGACUCGUGUGGGGUUUUGCACGCCGCAGCGAGAUCGACAAGACGUGCAUCAUGGGGGCUUCAGUAAUUCACUGAAUCACUGUAAUGUGUAUUUGAGAAUGCUGAGCAAUUAUCAUUCUCUCUGGGCAACGCCUUGAAUACCUCAGUGCAAGAAUGUCGCGCAAACACGCUCGGUAACCUAACUUUGUAGGACACCAAUUGUGUUACACCGAUACUGGCAACAGAAUGUCAAAGCCAUCGACGCCUGUGAGACGGUCAAAGGUCGGCGUUCGGCCGGGAAGCCGAGAAGGUGGCGAAAUCCCAUUGACUGCAUCAAUGGAGGUCCUACCGCCGGAUCCAUGUGCCUCUCCGUCGCUACUGGCCUCUGUGGACCCAGCCUUUGGUCGUGCGCAAGACGCUCAUGGCGCGGUGGCUGCCGCAAAACCCCGGACGCCCCUGAGCAGUUCAAACCUACUAAGCAGGACACGGAGCAAUGAGGGGCGACGGAGUGCAGCUGUGCCGCACGAGGUCAUCCCCCUGACAUCAACAACCUCAAAGUCCUUCAACGCGUCACAUCCACCAGUGCUACAGCCACAUCAAGAGCACUCGGGACCCCGUAGCCGGCCGGGCACAGCCACAUCACAGGCAUCCUCGCGCUUUAAUCCUGUGACUGAGGACGAUGUUCACCAUCCACGCCCAGGCAGCUCGCAAGCACAGUACCAGGCAACCGCCAUGCCGCAUGCGGGCGCACAUGUUGCCAUGGGCGGCAGCGCAACCGAAGUGGCGCAGCGGGCUGCUGCAGCAGCUGGAGGUGGAAGCCGGCGCUACCCCGCAGCACCUGGGCUUGUGGCGCAGCUGGAUGACGAGCAUUCGGAAGUACCGGGCACGCCUGCGUCGGUGGCAUCAGGGAGGGUUGGUGGCGGAGGCACCUUCUUCACGGAUCUGCGGAGAUCGUUUGCGGACGGGAUGCACCCGGGUGUGGACGAGUCCCAAGACUUGGGGGAAGAAUAUGAAGAUGCGGUUGCCGGACUGGGCGGGCCCAAGGUGGAGCGCUCCCAACGCGGUGGCUUGGGCUCACUUGCGAGCAGCCGGUUAAACCCGAUGCAGAGCCCUUCAGCAUCCGAAGACGGUGAUGCGGCGGACGCAGAGGAGGAAGCGGCAUACGCGGAGUACGCUGGCGACCUACGCCCGGACCCGGCCAUGGGGCUUGACCUUCGCUCGGACGGCGGGGCCAGCAGUGCGGCUUUGACGGAGUACUCCAACCCCCUGAUGACUCCGGAGGAGUCGCGAGCAGCCACCCCCUUACCUGCAUCGGCACCAGUGGUAGGUUCAUCAAUCUCAGGGGACACCUCAACGACAGAGGAGGCGCGCAAGUCGCUGCUGCUUGUUAUCCGGGACUUGUACGUCACGGAGCCGCAGCCACCGCCCUCGGCCGAGCCCAGCCGGCCGGGCACCGCGGCUGCGCCUGCCCCUGAAGUGGUGGAUGAGGAGCCCACAGCGACGGAUGACAUGGACGUGCUGGCUGCCAGCCGGGCCGCAGUGGCGGCGCUAGCGGCGAGGGCAGAUGGAGCGCAGUCGCAGAGGCGCAGUGAGCUGGGUGAAUACAUGACGGCACUGCAGGAGCGUAAGGACGAUGCCGGCGGGCGCCUGGUGGAGCUGCCGGCGGACUGGGGAGUCAUGCUGGAGCGCCUGUUCAGGCAGAGGCGGGCCGAAUACGCCACGCUGGAGGGCUGGCUGGGGCCGCGACGGUUUGAAGAUCUUCCGAUCAACCAGCUGCCGUCUGACCACCCCGACCCAAAGGUUGUGGAGGGCCUGGCGCGCAUCCAGGAGCUGGAUGGCAUGCUGAACGACAAGCUCAUAGCGGCGCUAAUCAGCCACCGGGAGACCUUUCCAGAGGAGUGGCAGGAGCAGGAGCGCAGGCGACUGGCGCGUCACACCAAGGGCGUGGAGGAUGCGCUCAAGAAGGAGCGCCACAAGCGGCUGCGGGCGGCUCGCAUCGCCCGGGCUGUGACCUCGCUGGGGGAGGACGACAACGACGACUUGAGGGCCUCCGUCACCUCCAUGAUGUCGGCAGGGGCGCAGCUGCAGUCCAUCUACUCGCGCUUGUUCACCCUCAAGCCGGAGGAGGAGGCGCUGGUGGAGGCUGUGCUGCAGCGUGACGACGAGGAAAGCAUCAACCCCUUCGACCUGGACUCGGCGGCCGCGUACGCCGAGGGUGUAGGGCCGCUGGCGGGUGCGGGGCCAGCCGCCGCCAGCCCCGAUGAUAUUGAGCUGGAGCUGGACAUGCUUCUGCCCUCCGCAGCCUCAGCAGCGCCCACGCCUUCAGCGGCAAGCGGCGCUGCAGCAGCGGCCCUGCACCGGCAGUUCAGCUCCGCAAGGGGACCAGAGGGGGCGAGCCACACUGUGGCCGACUCUGGUGCGGAGGACCGGCGGCCGUCGUCGGCCUUGCCUGCUUUCUCGGCAUCCCGUCCAGGCACUGCCACCGGGACAGGUGGGCUGUCGGCGAUCGCGGCAGCCGCGUUGCACGGUCAUCCAGCCCUUCUAGCAGCAGGGGGUGUUCGGGACAGCUUCACCGCUGGUAGCGGUCUGCUGCCAGAGCGCGUGUACGAAGACCCCAGAGCGGCGUCGCGGGCGCUAAGGGCUAUCAAUGCCCGGUUGGCGGCGUUUGAGUCGGAGCACAUGUGGGACGACAGCGGCUCGCUAGCGGACUUUAAGUCACUGCCUACAGCAGGUGGCGUGGCAGGGGCAGGGCCGGCGGCUGCAGGACCAGCAGCGCCACCAGGUAUGCAGUCGCCCAGUGGCCCUGGCACGGUUGCCGCAGGCGCUCGGGGACCUGUGGGGCUGCCACCCAGGCCGCCAUCUCCCACCCGCAGCGCCAAGUCGGUUGCGGGAGGGCCGGCAGCCAGCGUGUCCACUGUGACUGCCAGCGGCCACAAGGACUACCUGCGCGAGGAGCGCAUAACCAAGGAGAUGGUCGGCAGGGAGAAGGACAUCGACUCGGCACUGCGGCAGCUUAAAACGGGCGAGGUGGUGCGGCUGGGAGAGGUCACUCUUAAGGCUCUGGUGGAGCAGUGCCGUCGGCUGCAGGAGCUCAAUGCUCAGCGCCGCAAAGCAGAGGAUGAAAGCAAGGAGAUAGAGCGGAGAGCACCGCCGCCAGCUGCUCAGCCGCCACCACAAGCGCAGGCGUCGCGGCAAUCGGUUGGCAGUGCAAGCGGGCGCAGUGGGCCUGAGCCGGUGAAGGCGGCCAAGUCGCACACUCGCUCGUCUGACCAGUCAUCAGAUGCAGGCCCCGUGGAAGCAGGGUCGUCAAAGCCAGUCCCACGCCACAACAGUGCAGGUAGUACCAGGACAACAGCGCCCGGGUCAGGCACAGGGCCCGGAGCCAGGCGCACCAGCGACCCUGCCGCCAGCGGGACAGGCGCGGCAGCCACGGCCACAGAAGCUCCGGCACGGGCGAAAACGGCCACGACAGCCAGCAGUAAGGGUUCAGCACCUGGCAAGCCUCCUGCCGGGCCAACAGCCAAAGCGGAGGGUGUGGCUGCGGGGAGUGGAGGGUCGGUUGCAAGCAUGUUCAGUGGUGCUGGGCCGCCACCUCCACCGCCACCGCCGCCAGAGUAAACCUUCAACCGUGAUGAGUUCAUGCAUUAAGCGCACAAAGCUGCUCACUGCUCACCAAGAGGUAGUGUAUCUUGCAUGGCGUGCAAGUUGGGACACGAGUCUUUGUAAAGCCCAUAUAUGCAGAGUGCGGCCCCUUGUACGCCGCUUGGUACAUGUGAGGCUUGGUAACACACGAUCAGUAUGCGUGGCUUGAUGGCACCUGCUCGCUCGUCUUGGUCUCUGGCGUGUACCGUAUGUACAAACGUCUAAAUUCCGCACAAAGCUGGUGAACAGCAGGCCGAUGUAUUGCCGAGAGCGUUCAGAAUCUGCUUUCGGAGUUUUGGUCAGGGUAGUUAUUGCGGAGACAUGGGCCCGCAAAGUCGAGGGUCGGUCGUUGGUCCUAGGGGUCGCGAAGGUCGUGUCACGGUGUGCCGGAAGCGUUCGUCUGGGCCUCAAAAGACAACCGGGCAAGCCCAGACCGGUGCCCAAAGCAUGUAAAUAAGACAGCCGGGCAAGCCCAGACCGGUGCCCAAAGCAUGUAAUGGAAGCUUUUG